AUGCUCAAUGAAUGGUUCCUCCUGGCCGCAAUCUCAGCCCAACCCCACGCAUCAUCCGACGCCAGUCUCUUGGUCCAGGCGACUUUCGCCCGCUCUGGUGGUGAGUUGCCCCUAUUUGGGACGAAUAUACUGUACUGGGCGCAACGGAAGUGUUACUGGUGUCGGCCUUUCCGUCACGAAGAUACUGGACCUUACCGUGGUGUGGGAGUCUGUGUACCUCGGCGACCCAUUGGGCUAUACUGGGGGGUUUCCUCGCGACACUCACAGUCUCUCAUAGCAGAACUAAUGAGAAAACCGCUACGAGCUUUAGCAUAUGUCAUCCUGUUCGUUUUAUUAUUUGGCCUGAUUAAUGUCAUUCUCCGCCAUUUCCGAAUAUUAACUACAUUCAAUCCCUUUCGUCGGUCUGGGGACAUUGUCUUGCUUUGGGAUUACGGAUCCAUGGCGAUAAACCACAAAGAAAAGCAGUUUGAGAGCUUCCGUGAUUAUCUUCCACGUGUUCAGUUUCGUCGCCGCCGUGGCGUAGUGCUCAGCGCGCGGAGCGACCAUCUGGUGCGCCGUGGUUCGAAUCCCGGCGGCGGCGGUGCCCGUACUUUGGAGGACCAGACUCUCAGGGCCGACAAGAUGAAUAAGGAGUUUCUUCCUGAAAACACAUCACUGUCCAGCUUUAUUCAGUUGGCCAACCGUCAUCAGCUCGUUCGCAACGAGGAUUUGUUCGGACGAUUGCCCUCGCCCAGUCACGCAGAUUUGGACGCAUUCCCAGACUCUGUCUUUGUCAUUCAAGUUCAUUCCCGACUGGACAAUCUCCGGUUGCUCAUCGCCUCGUUGGAGCGCGUAAAACACAUCGAACGCUCCCUGUUGGUAUUUUCGAGUGAUCUCAUCUCCAACGAGUUGAUUUCUUUGGUCAACGGUAUUCGAUUCGCCCGAACUGUACAGAUCUACUUUCCUCACAGUAUUCAAGCCUUUCCUGUCGGUUUUCCCGGAGAAGAUUGCCAUGGAGUCGCAUGCGGCAACAAUAAACCUGGGCGGGACAUUUACGGUCACACACGCGAUGGGAAUCUUACUCAAAUAAAACAUCACUGGUUGUGGAAAUUUCAGUUUGUUUUCAAGGAUUUGGUUGCCAUAAAACAUUUUACUGGUCACGUGAUUUUCCUCGAAGAAGACUACUACGUUGUGGAGGAUAUACUAGCGAUGCGGCGCUUGGUCGAACAUGUGUGGAGUCCGACCGAGCAAAACGGUGUGAUUGCUUUCGGAGCCCGCGUUCCCACAGCCACCUACCACGGCAAUAGGACUGCCAUAGACUACUUCAUCUCGUCUCAACACAACCAAGGAAUGGGCAUUUCCCGUGUGAUGUGGAAAGUGAUUUCAGACUGUCUGUCGGUCUUUUGUGAAUACGACGACUACAACUGGGACUGGAGUUUGCAGGAACUGGGUCGCCGGUGUAUCAAGGGAGGUCUCCGGGUGUUAAUUUUUGCCUGGUUCUCUCGUGUCUACCAUCUUGGUGAAUGCCUAAACUGGAGCAGUCAAGAUGCUGAGGUUGGGUUCGAACCACGGACCUUGCGGUCACGAAAUAUACCCAUUUGCAAACAAACUUGGUUUUGCAAGAGACUCACCGGGAACCCAGCUGAAUCUAUCGUUUGUGAUGUUUCCAGGCAACUGAAUGUGCUGCACCAGGCCGCCUCAUGUUUCAGUUGCUACGAUGUUCGAGAUAUCGCGAUACAU